AUGAAAAUAAAAAAUCGAUUUAAACUUAAUUUUGAUUUAUUUAUUAUUUUCUAUGGAAAUCAUCGAAGUACUCAACAAAAAAUUGGAGUUUUAUUAACUUUGAUUACAUAUGGUUUUUAUGCAUUAGCAAAUUCAGUAGUUUCAGCAUUUUAUAUGGCACUUACUACAUAUCCUAUUUGUUGGUCAUUAUUAUUAAUUAAUAUUUAUAAGUUUGAAAUGAGUAUAUGUCUUGGAAUUUUCAGUAUUAUUGGUUAUCAUAUAUUAAUUCGAUUAACAAAAUCAAAUGAUAUAUUGAUCUCAAAACAUAAUUGGCAAGUAUUUAGUAAUAGUAUAUUUUAUUCAUUUGCUAAUUAUCAAAAUCCAUUGACUUUAUCAAUAUUAUCAAAAUGGUUAAAACCAACUGAAAUUAAUAUUGCAUUUAUGUUUAUUUUUGUUAUUAAUCAAUUAAUUACAUCAUUUGGUGAUUAUGUUUUUAAAUGGAUUUUUAUGGAUACAACAUAUCAACAUAAAAAUAUUAUUUUAUUUGUAGCUGGUGGAUUUAGUUUUAUCACAUUGAUUAUUAGCAUAUGCCUCUAUAUUUUCAAAUAUCGUUUAUCAAAUACAUCAUCAAUAAUUAAUGAAACAACUGCAUUAUUAACAGAUGUUGACAAUAAUUCUGAUUUAUCUGAAUCUAAUAAUGAAAAUUCUAUUGAAUCACAAUCGACAAAUAAUAAUUCACCAGUACCUAUUCGAUUGUUCACAAUUGGAAAUCUUACUUUUAGUGUUAUGGUUCGCGCUCCAUCAAAAUUUAAACAACGGUUGACAACACUUGCUGAAACAAUUCAAGAAGAAAAUCAGAAUUUAAUCAAUCUUUGA